UUAUUUUUGUUUCAGAAGUGUUGUGUUAGGCACAGAAUUACCGUCAUCUCCUUCUUAUGUUGCAAUUUAGUCUUGAUAACGGCAACUUCUCAGGAACAUUCCAGCCCAGUGACUCAUAGCAGAUGUAAGCCUCAACUCUGCAGAAUUUAAUAGCAAAAACAAUCGCAGCUUGGGAAGGGCUCUGGAAUUUUUGCAUCAGCUUAAGAAGAUUUAACAACUUUGAGUUCUGUCCAGAAGUUAAAGAAAGCCCAGGCACAGAGAAGAAAAAAGAUGUCUUUCUGGAAUUUGGAUUCCAAAGCUUUGGAGAAAAAUUUCUGCACGACUGCACAAUGCAUAUUCCAGGUGUAAUCUUGGAAUACUUUCAAAAUGAAGAUUUUGAUAAUGAUUGAUUUUGUCCUUGCGGCCAGCUUGAUGGAUGUCAUUGGCAGCUCUAAUUUACAGAAAUGUUUUCAAGAGCAGAUACAACUUCAGGGCCAAGUGAGGCUUCUGGAACACCGUGUGAAACAGCAGCAGUUAAAAAUUAUACAGCUCUUAGAGAAGAAAGAGGUUCAGUACAGUGACAGAGAAGAUGAAAACAGUGUCAUUGACUUGGGAGGAAAAAGACAGUAUUCAGACUGUGCAGAAAUCUACAAUGAAGGCCAUAAGCAAAAUGGAUUUUAUAAAAUAAAACCAAUCCAGAGUCCGACAGAAUUCCUUGCGUUCUGUGACAUGUCUGAAGGAGGUGGUUGGACUGUGUUUCAGAGACGUUCUGAUGGCAGCCAGAAUUUUGAUAGAGUCUGGGCUGACUAUGAAAAUGGCUUUGGAAAUUUUGUUUUGAAGAAUGGUGAAUUUUGGCUUGGAAACAAAAAUCUUCAUUAUUUGACUAAUCAAGGGAAUUAUACUUUAAGAAUUGAUCUAACUGAUUUUGAAGGAGAACGGCGUUUUGCACAGUAUGCAAGAUUCAGAGUUGCAGGAGAAGAGCAUUCUUAUGAGAUGAGUUGUGGUGAAUACUCUGGUACAGCUGGUGAUUCCCUUACUGGUGGAUUUCAUCCUGAAAUAAAAUGGUGGGCUGAUCAUCGAGGAAUGAAAUUCAGUACUAGAGACAGGGAUAAUGACAACUAUGAAGGGAACUGUGCUGAAGAGGAAAAGGCUGGCUGGUGGUUUAACAGGUGUCACUCUGCCAACCUUAAUGGCUUGUACUACGGAGGUCCCUACACUGCCAAGACAGACAACGGAAUUGUUUGGUACACCUGGCAUGGGUGGUGGUAUUCCCUAAAAUCCGUUGUCAUGAAGGUCAGACCUGCAGACUUUGAACGUAAUAUUGUUUAAAUAUUCUAUUAACAUGAGUCACCUGAUGAAUCUUUUAGGAAAUUCAUUCCAAAUUAAAAUGGGCAGAUUUUUACUUCUCAAUCUAUUAAUGUAUACAUUUUGAAAAAUUCCUCUGCAACAAGUAGUUUUAUGAGAUGUAAGUGAAAAGACAAGAUAGCUGAUGAACCUUUAAAUACGAAUAUUAAUGCUAAUAUGGGUCCAGGUGUUUUUUUAAAAAGGCAAGUGUUCAACUAGGAAUAAGGACAUCUUCAUCAAGAUGGAGAAUUUUUGGCUUUACAGUAACUAGAAAUCCCUUCACCCUUAAAAACAACAGUAUUGUUACUGUGCAGUCUCAAAAAUGAAAAUUAAUUUUACUUACUACAAUAAAAAAACUUACUCAAAUAGAAGCAUAAGGUUUAUUCAGUGGAUGGGAUAUACCUGCUUUGGAAAGGUCCAAGACUUCAGAAAUGAGUUUCCUGUAAAUUCCUCUGAUGUAAUGGUUGCAUGUGUUGUGUACAUAGCAUACAUAAAAGGUUUAAAGAAUGAGGCAGGGAAUAGAAGAAAGAGAAGGGGUGCUACCAGGGUACAAUCAAUUGAAUCCAGCAUAGAGAAGUGGAUUGUCUCUUGUUUGCUGAAGCAUUUCUAGGGCUGGUCACAACAUUUCAGUCUAACAUUUUUAGAUGGUCAGUAAUUAGGCAUUUUUCCUUCUUGGUAACCAUAACGCCUUUCUUUCUUUUAUUUUUAUUAUUUUUUAAAGGACUUUAAUAUACUGACAUUUGGAGUUUAACAAAAGCUGCAACUAAUUUUAGUGUGAGCUAAGGUUUGAACAGAAGGCAUGUGUAGAGGGAAGUAUAUUUCAUGCGCAGCAAAAAUCUGUCAUUUUAGAGGUUCUUAGUGCUUGACACUAUAAAUCUCUACUUUGUUUUUGUGUCUGUUAGACUUUACAACUCUCUGAAUUUUAAUGUCCUGUUCAGUCACUUCCUCUCCUUUUCCUAUGUACUUGUGUAGGCUCUAUGUACUUGUGUGGGCUUUUAUCCAUCUCAAGCUGCAUAUCCAUAUUUUUCUUGUACAAGAAUGAUGGUAAGAGAGAUUUUUGCCUACCCCUGGCUUUUGUGCCUGGCACUCCAAUAGACUCUAAUAGCCAGUAAUAACAAGAGUUGCUGAUUAGUGCUUGCUGCCAUGGAGAAGAUAGGAACACUCUCUAGAGAAAGCUAUCCAAUGAAAUGUAGUCCAUUUCUGCUGGGCAGAUGCAAAUGAAGGCCUCAAAAAAAAUAUGGACCUAAGCUUGCUUUCCUAAAAUAAUUUUGCUUUUGUGGUUGAACUGCCACUCUCUCUCCCCCAUCCAAAUACAAUUUUGAACAAGGCAGCCACUUUCAGUCACACAACAUAAUUGAAACUAAGUUUUGGUAAAGGUCAGUUUAUAACUACAUUGCUGUGAACACAGGUCAGCUGAAUGGUAACUCUCUGCAUGGCAAUUUUUCUUUCCAUUUUCAUCCUCCUGAAACAAAAGUUUGUAAGGAAUCCUUGAGAGAAUUGCAUAGAAAAUGGAGGGAGGAUGUUGCUGAUGAAAAUCUGCAGUAUAGAAGUUUCAAGGUCUCUUGUUUUUGUGAUAAUAGCAGGUAUUCUAGAUAAUCCAGUCUUUUUCUUGAUGUAUCAAUUGAUACCGUCCUAGAGAUUUCUAGCCUUUAGCACAUCCCUGUACCCAUGCAUGAGAGAACCAAUGAACAGCUCUACAACUGCUUAUUUUGAACUUUUCUCAUUAGUUACACCAAAUCACAUUCAGUAUCUGAGAGGAAGGCCUAUCACCCUAUGUGUGUGUGUGUAAGGGGGGUGAGGGGAAGGGCAGGGAGGGGGAGAGAGAGAGAGAGAGAGAGAGAGAAAUUCAACAUUAAAACAGAAAAUCUGAUGAAGUAUUUUUAUUCAAUUUCAUUACAGAACUUAAAAUGGGUUCCUAUGUAACUACGCAUAUGUCUGUAGGUAUGGGUUAUUAAUAAUGUGAUGGAAGUUUUGGAGUAGUUUAAAAAACUGUUAUAAGUACAGUAUUUCCCAUAAUAAUUUUAAAAUUAUUUUGCUACCCUAAAAGGAGAAAGCUUUAAUUAUUUGGAAAAAAACCAGAAUGCCACUAUGUAGAAAUCGAAAAAACAUCUUUAGUUUUUCACAGGAAAAUGGAAAGAUUAACUCAUGAAUUUGGAGAGUGUCAAGGCAGAUCAUAUUCCACCAAAAUAAAAAGGAGGAUUUAUCAACAGGAAAGGUGGAUCUUUAGCACACAAAAAAACCCCUUUCAAAAUGUACAGAUUGUGCUCAUAAAAUCUACGAUAAAUUUUUCUAUGUACUGCAGCAUAAAUCCAUCCUCUUUAUUUAUAAGAACACUAAUGAAAUCUUUUGGCCGAGUUAGGGUGCUUUUGAGAUAUUCUGAUGUAAAAUUUGACUCCUUUUCUAUACUGGAAAUCAUAAAAUGAAGAAGAAUCAAAUAUAUCUUUGUACAUCUUAUAAUGCAUUUAUAUGUUUAUUUGGACUGAAUUCUGUUCAGAACAAGGAAGCAUCUAGCAUACUGUCAGCAAUGUGCAAAUAUUGUAUUUAAUUUCCACCACUUUUCCAUGGCCUUUCUUUGUGCAAUAAAUCUGUCUGGCCGCAUGAAAA